AUGGCUGCCAUGCAGUGUUACCUAAGAGCAAACGAUGAUGAUGAAUUAUCUGGAGAGAAAUCUCAUCGUUAUGGCUCUUCAACUAGCAAUCACCGAAUCGAGUGCUGGUGGUCUCAUCUUAAAAAAGGCCGCACAACUUGGUGGAUAAACUUCUUUAAGGAUCUAUGCGACAGAGGGGUGUUCUUGGAUGGAAACACAUUUCACAUAGAAUGCCUAUGGUUUUGCUUCAAUGAAGUCAUUCAGCAAGACUUGCACUUUGUCAAGCUACACUGGAAUACACAUCACAUUCGACUUUCGAGACAUGAUACCAUCCCAGGAAAACCUGAUGAGUUAUUUUUCCUUCCAGAACAUUCUGGAGGUGAAGAUCAACUAAUACCCAUUCUUCAAACACAGGUAGAUGAUGUUGUUUCUCAGAGUGAUUUUGCCAUUCCUGCUGAACAAAAUGACUACCAAGAAUAUUUCAAAUAUGUUUGUGAUCUUCAAGCUUUAUCAGAACCAAAAGAUUGGCACGAAGCUCUUGAUAUGUUCCAUUACCUUAUAACACUUUCAGAAUAA